UCUUUCUUGUUUUGUGAAUAUAUAUAUAUACACAUACACACACAGAGUACUGUUAGGAAAUCGGGUUCCGACACUCCUUCUUCGGGACUUCGGAAAGGUUUCUGCAGAUGCACAUCUACUCCGACGGGGCUGUGAAUUAUAAACGGAGGGAGUGAGGGGGCGUGCAUCAUGGAUUCAACAAAAGACUAACGAGUCCAGCUCAGCACGCACAGACACAGAGAGAGAAUUUUCCCUGUCCCCCUUCCCAGCUGAUCGACGCGGCAGCAGCGGGAGACAGUCCAGCGGAGACAGAGCAGGUGUCACUAUGUUUGGCCAUUUCCUGUUGCUCUUCCCCCUGGUGGCAUCUGUGCCACCACCCUCUGGUGCCCCCCUGAGACAAUGCCAUCGCUGCUGUGACCACCUGGAAUCAGCGGGGGACGCUCCUCCCACGGGUCUGAACCAAAUGCCUGAAGUGAGGACCUACAUUAACAUGACCAUCCUCAAAGGGGACAAGGGGGACCGAGGAGAUAGAGGAACACCUGGGAAAGCUGGUCUCACAGGGCCACCGGGCUCCCGAGGUCCUGCAGGUCCUAAGGGGAGCAAAGGUCAAGCUGGUGCCCCUGGAGAUGCCUGCAAAACCCAAUAUUCUGCCUUUUCCGUGGGCAGGCGAAAGGCCCUGCAUAGCGUGGACUACUACCAAGCCCUGGUCUUUGACACAGUCUUUGUCAACCUCGAUGAGCACUUCAACAUGUUCAAGGGCAAGUUCUACUGCUAUGUGCCCGGGAUCUACUUCUUCAAUCUCAACAUCCACACAUGGAACUUCAAGGAGACCUACUUGCAUCUGAUGCACAACGAGCAGGCCAAGGUGAUCGUGUACGCGCAGCCCAGCGACCGCAGCAUCAUGCAGAGCCAGAGCGUCAUGCUGCCGCUGGAGCAGAACGACGAGGUGUGGGUGCGGCUUUACAAGCGCGAGAGGGAGAACGCCAUCUACAGUGACGACAUGGACAUCUACAUCACCUUCAAUGGUUACCUCGUCAAGCCCACUCAAUGAAAGCCUGCGAACCAACCAAGUCACGAGCAGAAGUACAGAAUAGCGUGCCCCCCCCCCCCCGUUUUGACGUACCCCAUCCUGAAAUUGCAAUAAAGUAAGAGUACAGAGUGCAGUACAAAUGAGAGUCAGCUCAUGAAGGGAUCACAAACUGCAGCAUUUACUGCAUAAAAAAAAGUGUUAUUACCAGGCUAAAGACUUAACUGGACUAUUUGCUGUUUCCACAAAUGUACUUGAUGACUUUCGGACACAGCUGGGAUGGACGUAGUUAUCAACUUAGCAAUAUAACUGGAUAAAUGCCACACGGCUUCCCUCCCCCGACAUACUAUACCUUGUUC